AUGAUGAGGAACAAGUACUACAGUUCCCAUCAUCCAGCUCACUGCGGAGUGCGGACACUUCGCUUCUCAAGGUUGAAGGGCCUGGUUCUUCUGCCUGCGGAGGAUGGAGGAGGAAUCCAGGACAUCACGUCGCUCCAAUCAUUAGAAAUAUCUUCUUGCGACAAGUUGCUCUCUCGGUGGCCCAUGGGAGAAGCAGGAGGAGCUCCGAUGACCAACCCUUUCCCUGCUUCCCUCAGGAUACUUCAUAUUUGGGGAGAGUCAGGCAUGCGGUCAAUGGCUCUGCUCUCAAACCUCACGUCUCUCACCCAUCUAACUCUAGAAAACUGCAAGGAUUUAACACUGGAUGGGUUCAAUCCUCUCAUCAUGGUCAACCUCAAGGAAUUGGAGGUCCGGAACUGGAGCGGCAACUCUCUAGCAGCGGAUCUGCUCUCAGAGGUAGCAAGGACCAAAUUAAUGGAUGCGGGUUCCUUCCAAUUGGAGAAACUGGAGGUGGAUAGCAUCUCGGCAGCGCUGGUUGCUCCCAUUUGCAACCACCUCUCCGCCACCCUCCACAGCUUACAAUUCUAUGAUGAUCAUCUGGCAAAAGGCUUCACGGAAGAGCAAGAGAAUGCGCUUCAGCUCCUCACCUCCCUCCAGACACUAGGAUUUUUUGAUUGCACGGUUCUGCAGUCCCUCCCUCGAGGAUUACAAUGUCUUUCUUCUCUCAAAGAAUUACAUGUCGGUAGUUGUCCUGAAUUCCGAUGCCUGCCAGUGCCAGAGGAGGGCUUUCCCACUUCGCUGCAAGUUAUAAUUCUAGGGUUUGACAGAUACGAGCAAAGAGAGCAAGCUGAGAAAUGGAAAGAAGCAUAUCCAUAUUUACGAGUACUUUGUUAUGAGCCUUGUUAG